GGUAACGGCAAAGCGUGCACGGUUCUUGCUCACUCUAUUUCCCUUUACAAGAGAUGGUAUGUGAAGCUGGGUACAGCACGAACGCGCGCAUGAGGCAAGCUGAGGCCACACCGAAUGCCUCGGAUUGCAAAAUUGAAGUCUCCGCGUGAAAACGCAUUAGGCAAGUCGAGGAAACUGGUCGACGUUGCUCCGGUCGUUCGGAGUCAACAGAACUGGUGUAAACAUGGAAGACAAAAAUGUUGCAGUGGCAUGUGCCAGUUUUAUUGUUUUAUAUAAUUUAUUAAAAAAAAAGAAGAAAACGAGAAAACGAAGACGCUGGUGGUCAACACAGUUAUAUUUAAACAGAAGACGAUUGAAUAAUGUAAACAGCAUUGGUUUAUCAAAUGACUUGCUGGCUGACAAAGAAAAUGAUCGAUUCAGAAACUUUGUUAGAAUGGCAGAAGAUGAUUUCAUUUUUCUUUUGAAUGCCAUCAAAGACAAAAUAUCGAAAAAUGAUACAACUUUUCGAAAAGCAGUUCCAGCUAAAGAAAGAUUAGCCGUGACUUUGCGAUUUCUUGCAACUGGCGAGUCCUUCACCAGUUUGCAAUAUUUAUUUAAAAUAUCUAAACAAUUGAUAUCGGAAAUAGUUCCGGAAGUGUGCCGUGCAAUAAUUGAUUGUCUCAUCAGUUAUAUGAAGAUGCCGUCAACUCCAGACGAAUGGAAGAAAAUUACUAAAAAAUUCGAAGAAACAUGGAAUUUUCCGCAAUGUAUAGGAGCUAUCGACGGAAAACAUAUUACUUUACAAGCUCCGAUAAAUAGCGGAAGUGACUUUUAUAACUAUAAAUCCCAAUUCAGUAUUGUUCUGAUGGCUGUAGUAGAUGCUGAUUAUAAUUUCAUAUUCGUUGAUAUUGGCUGCCAAGGACGUAUUUCAGAUGGAGAUGUAUUCAAAAAUUGUGAACUGUAUAAAAAAAUAGAGAAUAGAAAUUUAAAUGCACCUGAGCCUUCAGCUCUCAUUGGAAGAGAAAUGGAAGUUCCUUAUGUAUUAUUAGGAGACGCAGCCUUUCCUUUGAGUGAUCAUAUAAUGAAACCCUAUAAUGAUAUUCACCCAAGCGGAUCUCCAAAACGUAUAUUUAAUUAUCGUUUAUCUAGAGCACGCAGUGUUGUAGAAAAUGCCUUCGGAAUUGCAUCUAGUGUCUUUAGAGUUUUACAAAAGCCAAUGCUUUUAGAGCCACACAAAGCAGAAUUGAUUGUGAUGGCUGUCAUAUACCUUCAUAAUUUUUUACGGAGAAGUAAAUCCUCCACAAAUAUAUAUACACCACCAGGUUUUUUAGACACAGAUCUUAAUGGACAUACGAUACUUGGAAGUUGGCGAAAUGAUCAACAGGGAAUGGAGUCUCUUUUGCCUUUGAAAAAUGUACCUUGUAAGACAAAAUUAAUUGCUCAAGAAAUAAGAGAGGAAUUUACUGACUAUUUCUGUACCACUGGCAGAGUACCUUGGCAAAACCAAUAUGCUUGAAUAAAUUUCUUAUAUGAAAA